UCGAUAAUGUCGAGGUCUAACCUCAAAAACUUUAUCAUAAUUGCAAUCACAACAAGUGAAUGAAAAAGCGACGCGGCAAGACUUAUUGUUGUCAAAUUUGAUGGAAAUUGUUGAUCGUUGGGAGGGAUUUUUCAGGGGGUUUACGCAGUGAAGAAUGUCGAGUGCAUUGAAUAAUGUGGAUUUAGUUUAUCUGUGAGAGAAAUAAUGGGGGAUAUACGUGCAGGACUGGAGGAUAUAAAGCUCGAUGAGGCACUAUUUGCCGAUGUUAAAUACUACGUCAGUGGCGAGGCUGAACCUAAGAUCGUCGCGCUGCUGCAAAAAGGUGGCGCAGAGCGCUGCAACUACUUCAGUAGCUUCGUAACCCACCUAAUAGCUGGUUACGAAGCCCUAGAAACCGACAUUUGUCAAGCAAAAGAGCUAUACGAGAUACCAGCAGUAACCCACGAGUGGGUUUACUCCUCGGCGAAAUGCAAAAAGCUCCUCCCAACGAAGUACUUUUCCGCCGAGGAGAAUCAAUUAUUCUCCACCGUGAGAGCCUGUAUAUCCCAGGUGAGCCAGGCUGAUAGUAAAGCCCUGUGGGCGAUGAUAUCUCUGCAAGGUGGGAAAUGCCAGUUGCGUUUGGAUCGUUUCUGUACACACUUGAUCGUGACUAAAGCGAGUGGAUCAAAGUUCGAGGCUGCCACGAGGCACCACAUGAAGAUUGUAACCCCCGAUUGGGUGGUGGAUUGUUCCAAGAAACGAGCUAUUGUCUCAGAAGCUGAGUACCAUCCAAGAUUGCUGAUUCAUCCAUCCCCAAACAGCUCGACAGCACUGAUAACAGGUUUCAUGGAUAAUACCGAGGACAAUGGAGGAAUUCAGGGUGAUCAAGACCGCACAAAGGUCAUGUUAGAGCAAUUGAAGCAGAGAAUGCCAUGGAAUCAGUCGAAUCCCCCGGCCAAUGUCCCACAAUCAUCCCCGUCACCUCAAGGAAUUAAUCAGCAGUUGCCAACGAGCUCUCCAAGCGUUCAACUCCCCCAGGAGACUCCACCCCCAGCGAAUGCCGGGCAAAUGCCUGCACAAGUCCAGAGACAAUCGUCACAGCAGUUCCAACGGAACGUGACGACCCCCAGUGUGACGAAUUAUUCGGGUCCAGUUGUCUCGACGAAUCAGAAUCAAAAUCAAACCACCCAGAGUCAGAACUGGCACUCGCAAAUGCCUCAAGUCAAACAACAGGUUCAAUCAUCACAGCAACAACAGCAGCAGGAGCAAUUGUCCCAGGGGCAGGCUCACAUGCAGCCACAACUGCCACAAAUGCCGAAUCAAAAUCCUCAACAGUCAAUAUCCCUCCAAGUUCCCAAUCAGAUGAAUCAGCAGAUGCAGAUGCAAGUGAGUUUUCCCCAGCAGAUGAUGCCCCAGCAGUCGCCCCAGAUGACGAGUCCCUCUCCAACCCAGGGGAUUGCUCAGAUGCAGCAGCAGAUGAUGCCACCUCAGCAGAAUCUUCAGAUGUCUCAUCAGACGUUGAUUCAACAGAAGCCCAUGAAUCAGCAUCAAAUGCCACAGCAGGUGAGCCAACAGUCCCAGUUGAGCCCACUACCUCAGUCACAGCAAGUGAACUCUCAACAGGGGUUGAAUCAGGGGCACCAUGGGCACAUGCAGCAGCAGCAGCAGCAGCAGCAGAUGCCCCAGCAGGUUCAGCCGAUGGUCUCCCAGUCUCAAGUGAUGCCCCAACAACCCCAGCUGAUUCAGCAGUCUCAGAAUUUGCAGCAGCCCCAGUCGAUGCCCCAGCAGCCUCCACAGCCUGUGCUCCAACAGAAUCAAAUCUCCCAGCAGAUCGGACACCAACAGCAAUUGCCCAGUCAACAGGCUCACCAGCAGCAGCAGUUGCCCCAAGAGCAACGCCAACAGCUGAUCCAACAGCUGCCCAAUCAGCAGGCUCACCAGCAGCCAUUGACUCCAGAGCAACGUCAGCAAUUACUAGCCCUCCAGCAACAGCAGAAGAUUCAACAGAUCUCGCAGCAACUCCAGCAAUCAGCGCCCCAGCCCUCUCAACAAUUCAUCAUCAGAGAUGGUCAGCUCCAGCAACAGCCAUCGAAUCAAAUAAUAAAUCAGAGUCAACCGGGUUUCAUAGUGAACCGAGAGGUCUGGCAGCAGCAGCAGUACCACCUGCAGCUCCAGAGACAACAGCAGCAGCAGCAAUUGGGACAGCCGAGGCCUGGGGGUCAGUGGACCCAGCAGCCCCCGCAGCCCCCUCGUCAACUCAUCCAACUGGACGCCCAAACCCACCAGCAACUCCAGCAGAUGGACCCCCAGCAGCGAGCCCAGUUCAUCCAGAAGAUCCAGAAACAACGGAAUCUCCUCCUUCAAAGACAGAUGCAGAAUCGAACGGCUCAGGGUCCACACGGGGGUGUCAUCAGGGCUGCAGCCGCCCCAGGUCAACCUGGUCUCCAGUGGGUGCAGCAACGCCCCCAGAUAAUGGCCGGGGUGACCCCAGUCGCCGGACAAAAGCCCAUCCACCCUGGGGUGCAACCGCCCGCAUUAACCCCCAUAAACUCCCCCAACCAAGUGAUCGUUCCCUCGGGACAGGCUGUGCCAGUCCAGUCCCCUCAAACUCCAGGGCAACCCUUCCAGCAGGGACAACUGACCCCUCAACAAAUCGCCCAGCUGCAUCUCCAAAAACAACAACACCUGGCGAGACUCCAACAACUUCAACACCUCCAGCAGCAACAAGCACAACAGUCACCCCAGCAAUCUCAACCCCAGGUUCAACCGCAGUCUCAACCGACCCCUCAACAAUCCCCCCAACAACCACAACAAACGUCACAGCCUCAAUCCCAAUCGCAACCACAACCUCUGCUCCCGUCUCCCUCGCAGUCUCAACCGCAGCAGUCGCCAGUUCAAUCAGAGGCGCCAUUAACUCCCCUCCCUGGAAAUUCUCAGAUGCCACCUGACCAGCAGCUCGUGGUGAAUGCUAAAACAAAAACAGCACUUGCGAAUAUGUUGACUAAUCGUCUGCAGGGCGGAGCGGCGGAGGGAAGUGCCGCCGGCCAGUUGAGACUCAUGACCGCUCAACAUAGACCGCCACCACCGCCGUCUCAGGACCCAGCUCUCCUUGCGGCUUAUCAGAGACGCUCCCUCGGGAAUAUCACUAAUGGGGCACCUCAGGGGGGAAUGAAAAUGCAGUAUGCACCGGCAAUGGCACAGCCGAAGGCGCAAUUCUACGGUCAUAAUCCCAAUUUAAAACUUCCACCUGAUUUAUUCCUACUCGGCUGCAUAUUUGUCAUUGUCGAGUAUGAGAUUCAGUACUCAAUCGCUGAAGUUUCACACUGGAAACAAGUUAUUGAACGACACGGGGGGGAGGUGGAGCCCCAGUAUUGUGCACGAGCGACUCAUGUUCUUGCAAUCACGCAGAAGCAUCCGAUUGUGGUGCAAGCACUUAGGGAGGGAAAACGGUGUGUCAGUGCACACUGGCUGUCGGAUGUUGUGAAUAAACAGCAAGUUGUGCCGCCGUGGCAUGCACUGCAUUUUCCGAUUCCUUAUGGUUUGAAUGAGAUGCCUUGUUCCAAGCAGAAUAUCUCGUUCUCUGGGUUUGAGGGGGAGGAGAGGGCUAAAAUCAAGGGAAUGCUCGAUGUUCUGGGGAUCAAGUACACGACGUACUUUUCACAUCAUAAUACAUUGCUUAUUACUCGGAGGCCCGAUGGACCGAAGUAUAAGAAGGCGAGGGAGUGGCAGAUCAGUGUGGUCAAUGCCCAGUGGUUGACUGAUGUAAUUUGCGGACAGGUCAGUGCUAUUCAUCAGAUCGAUGCACCCAAGUAUCAGCAGUUCAAUGCGAGUAAUCCGUUUAGAUUGGAUUAUUCGCUUGUUCCGCAUCUCAUGGCUGCCUGGAAGAUGCCGAUUAAUAUAACGCAGGAGUCGUAUGACAAGGUCAAGCAGGUUGGGCAGGGACCGAAUGCCAUGAGAAAGCACAAGAAACCGAGGCUCGAUGGACCACUGCUGAACAAGGAUCCGCAUUUGUUGGGGCUUGAUGAGCCCGUUGUCAUUAGCAAUCCCGAUCCACCGACACUUGAGAAACAGCCGAGGAUCCUAUUCUCCGGGACCAAUCCAGCGAAAUAUGCCAAGAGGAUCAGGGAACUGGGGGGCGCGUUGGCUGCCAGCUGGAGGGAUGCCACUCAUCUCGUUAUGCCAGCACCGUUCAGAACUGUGAAACUACUCUGCUGUUUGUCCAGAGUUAAGUGCAUUGUACAUAUUCAGUGGUUGCUCGAUUGCUUCGGGAAGAACACGUUCAUCGAUGAGAGCUCGUACGUCCUCGGUGAUCCGGAGUUCGAGAAGAAUUUUCAUUGUAAUAUUGAGAAGGCACUGGCUAGUCCCAAUCGGGGGUCUGUACUUAAGGGGCUGACAUUUUACGUGACACCAAGUGUAGUGCCAUCGCCCACUGCAUUUUCGGAAAUAAUUGAGAGUGCAGGUGGUACUAUGGAGAAAAGCCGCCGUUCACUUGUGCAAAUACAGGAAAUGAAUUCUGGGGGUAAAUUGAACUACAUCAUCGUUACACAGGAGAACGAUCUCCACUUGCUCGCUGAUGUUCUACAAGCAAAUAUCAACGUGUUCAGUGCAGAAGUUGUCCUGCGCUCUGUGGCCAGGCAAAACUUUCAAAUCGAUACCAAUCAAUUGUGAGCUGCUAAUCAAUCAUUUGGUGGCACAAUUUUCCACGUUCUGUGAACAUUUGAGGGAGAGAAUGAGGAAAAAUACAGAUCAAUUCUGAUUUAUUUUCACAAAAUGUAAAAAUGAGUUGCUUAUGUAAGGGGACAAUAAAGAUACAUACUUUUCUGGUAAUACAUUAGGUAAUUUACGAGAGUAUACAUCUAUGCAUUUGAUUAAUCAGUUUUAAUCUUCCAAAAUUAAUAAAUCAAUUAAUUCAUCUAA